AUGCUCGCCUUCCAGUCUCCUCUCGUACUACCUGUACUCAGCGCAUGUUCGCUCUUCACGAAUACCCUGGCUCGUCCAAAUGGCAUCAUCGCCGAAGAUAAAGGCUCACCGGGUCCUCAAUACGCAACAUCAUUGACCGGUGGUGAGGGCUGCGACACCGACGACCUAUCCCACAUCCACGCCGGCUUUCAAGAAAUGGCAGCGAUCUUCCAAGCAGCGCUACCCUACGAGCCCAUUGGCCAGCCCGCCGUAGAAUUCUUCGGCCUCCCCGAUCUAGUCGGCAAUUACACCAGCAUGAUCGAAACCAAUCUCCAGCGCGCCGCCAACUUCGGCAAGCUCGAGGAAAGCGAAGGCCCAGCGAAUUCAGACAUACACGUGCGGUGCGAUGAUCCACUGGGCGUCUGCCGAUUUGGCAAUCGUAGAGAAGGAAGCCACGCAGCAUACAACAUCGGCAAUGAACCACACAUCGUCUUCUGCGAGGACUACUUCCGGCUCGAUCCGCUCAAAAAGCGCGUCGACAAGAACGCAGAAGACCAGACCGAAAAGGACAAGCUCAUGGAGUACUACACCCGCGCAACCCUCUGGGCGCGAAUGGUCAUGCACUUUUCUGAAAUCGGCAAGGCCGUCGUGACACGCCCGGUCCCUGGCCCUCCAAAUUCGACGACGGAGUGGACGGUAAGCAUGACCGAAGGCGCGAUGAACACGUCCGUCCUCGCCGGCGUUAUGAACGAGCGCCCAGAUCCCAACGGGCCCAGCGACAUCCAGACGCUCAAGUACGCAUACGGCGUCACGCGCGCGAAACUGCUGACCGUGCUGUCGACGCAAAUGCCCUACGAUGCGGCCAACAAUGCGGAGAAUUAUGCACUGUACGCGCAGGCGCGCUAUGUGAUGCGGGAAAAGGGGUUUUAUCCGAGUAUUCCGAUCAUGGACUUCCCGAACGAGGCGACGGUGUUGACGAAUGAGAAUUUGCAGGAUGGCGAGAAGAUUCGGUUUGCGUUCUUUGAUAUGACGGAUGUGGUCGCUCGGCCGGCCAACAUGGAGUUGGAAGGAGAUCCUAUCUUUUUCUCGUCUGCCCCAUCCAGGCUCGACACGACAGCUAUUGGCAUCGCAUGUACUGUUUUCGCCAUGGGCUUCAACUUACUGCUGUCCUAUGGUUGA